GAGGAGGAUCGCGGAACAAGCUCAUUCGCUUCACUUUCUCCUCGAGCAAAGGUUGCCUUGUGUUGCUCUCCUUGAAUAUCGGCGAACAAGAGUUUGUGGAACUGUCUUUGAAGAGAAGUCGUUUGCUGUUGCCAGUCGUCUAAGCUCUUUGUACUUUACCUGCUGUGGGCAGCCUUACGGAGUUACUCUUUGCAAGCUCUGUUUCAUAGCGAUGGAAAUGAUUAAGUUUGCUCUAGGAGCAAUUCUCUUGCUGACGGUGACCAGCGGAUCUGCAGCCGCUCCGCAACCAGCACUAAAAUUGACAGCAGAUCGUGUUUUGGCUCCACAACCAUCGGCACUAGAAGUGGCAGGAGAUCGUAUUCGGGCUGGAGCAUCAACUGCAGAUGUUUUCGAACCACUUCUAAGUGCUUUGGGUCUAAAAACACCGGAACGAGCAACACCUCGACCUACAACUGAAGAAAAUUGGGCAUUACUUCUAAAAGGUUAUGGAAAGGUGCUAUGUUCGAAAGCUAUUCGGGGUAUUCGUUUCACGUGCUCCGUUCCGCCUCUUCGGGAAAUAUACUUCAAUCACGGAUGUGAUUACUGGAUGGAAAUGAAAAAAGAGAGGUGCGGCACUAGUUAGAGGCAUAUCAAGAAUUGGUUCUGAUGCAGCUUCAUAAUGCAUGUAUUCCCUCUCCCCUUUCACCGUUUCAGAACAUCGCCUUUAUUCUGCUCACGCUGAGUUGCAAAACUUUCAUUGCAGAAUAAUCUGAUUUCUAUUUCGGUUUUCCUUGUUUGCAUCUUAUUCAGUAGAUUCCUUCAUUUAUUCAA